AUGAUCUAUUGAUCUUUGGAAGAGCAAAUGUUAACGAAGCCUCAGCAAUUUCAAGAGUUGUCAGCACCUUUGAGGAGUGGUCAAGGCAGCAGAUCAACAGAGACAAAUCAAUAAGUUUCUAUAGUCCCAAUCAAUAUACUCAGCAACAAAAUCAAGGAAGCAAAAAACCGGAUUGGCCUUAA